AUGUCUAUUCGAUCUAUAGGUACUGCUGAUGUCCAUAGAAUCACUUCAGGUCAAGUGAUUACCGAUCUUGUAUCGGUUUGUAAGGAAAUAAUUGAAAAUUCAAUUGAUGCAAAUAGCACACAAAUUGAGGUUACAUUUACAAACUAUGGAGUUGAUAGUGUAGAAAUCAUCGAUAAUGGAGAUGGGAUUGAUCCAAAGGAUUAUGAAAUGGUUUGUGUUAAGCAUGCCACUUCAAAAUUAUCAAAUUAUGAAGAAUUCGAGGCAACAACAACCCUUGGGUUUAGAGGUGAAGCUAUGAGUUCAUUAUGUAGUAUAUCGAAUGUAACUAUUAGUACAUGUCAAGCCAAGACAUAUCCAAAAGCCACCAAAUUAGAAUAUGAUUCAAUGGGUCAAUUGAAAUCGAAAACGACAAUUUCAGGGAAAAAGGGUACAAAUGUCUUAAUUAAAGAUCUUUUCCAUAAUCUCCCAGUAAGACAAAAGGAUUUAUUAAAGAAUAAUAAACGAGAAUUUACCAAAGCAAUCACCAUAUUAACCAAUUAUGCAUUAAUUUAUCCACAAAUUCGAUUCACCAUUUAUCAUUUGAAUAUUAAAGGUAAACGUAACUUGAUGGUGGGGACUCAAGGAGGUUUGAAAAAUACUAUAUUAAAGAAUUUGGUGAGUAUUUAUGGAUCUAAUGGGAAUUAUGGAAUGAUUCCCUUUGAUAUUAAAAUUGUAGAUAAAUAUUCAUUUAAAGGAUUGAUUUCAAAUUGUUCAUUUGGAUUAGGAAGAUCAUCGAUGGAUAGACAAUUUUUCUAUAUCAAUAAUCGACCAGUAAAGAUGAAAAUGUUUGGUAAAUGUAUUAAUGAAGUUUAUAGGAUGUUUAAUUCUGUUCAAUAUCCAAUGGUUGUAUUUAAUUUGGAAAUUGAUAAUUCAUAUUUGGAUAUUAAUGUGACACCAGAUAAGAGGACUAUUUUAGUUGUUAAUGAGGAAAUGAUUUGUGAAGUUUUAAGAGAGAAAUUGAUUGAAUUUUUUAAUGAACAAGGGAAUGUUAUACCAAAGCAAGGGAAGAUUAAAGAAGAGAAAGGACAGAGUAAAUUGGAGGGAAUAAUUAAAGAGGAGAAAGUUAAAGAGGAGAGGGUUGAGAAAAGAGAUGAAAAAAAUGUAGAUGUAGAUAAUGAAGAGGAAAGUUAUAAUGAAAGUGAAGAAAUGGAAGGAAUGGUUGUUUCUUCAGAUACUGAAUUACUUAGUUAUGAAGUUAAAGAAUAUUUCCCAGAAGAUUUCAAGAAGAAUAAAGAAAAUGAAGAGAUUGAGGUAGAGGAAGAAUUGAAAGAAAUUGAAAAAGAGAAAGAGAUUGAAGACGAACUAGAAGAUGUACAAGAACAGGAUGAUCUUGAAUUAGAAGAUGUACAAGAAGAAGAUGUACAAGAAUUGGAACAAGUACAAGAACAAGAUGAUGUCGAAUCAGAAGAUGUACAAGAAAUAGAAGAAUCACCAGAACUAGGAGAAUUACUAGAUGAAUCAGAAAUUGAGGAUGUACAAGAACUUGAACAACUUGAAGAAUCACAAGAUUCACAAUCAAAUAAUUUAAAACUUCAAAAUACUUCUCAAGAUCAUCUCUUUGUCAAUGAUAUAGAAGAAUCAGAUGAUUCUACUUCCAUCGAAAAAAUUAAAACUUCUAAUCUGUCUAUCCCAUCAACCACCAAAUCUCUACCAAUUAAAGAAAUAAAUUACUCAAAAUUCAAUAUUGAUAACGAAUCUCUAUUUGUUGAUCAAUUAGAUAUCAAUUCAUUUAAAAACCCUGAGGAAAACUUUCCAAAACCUCUAGAAACUACUGAUAUUUUAACGGUUCAAAUUGGUGAUAAUCCACCUGAACAAAAUCAUCUUAAACGUCUGAGAUCUUUUAAUCCAAAUCUUGAAUCAAAUAAUAAUUGCUGUGAUCAUUCUUUAACUCCUCCAUCAAUUACUCCACAAAUUAAAAGGAAAAAGAUAACUUCAAUUCAUAAUUUGAAAAGGAAAUUUCAUAUAGAUUUAAAAGAUAUUCAAUAUGAUCAUCAUGGAAUUAAGAAAGAUGAUAAAAGGGUACCAUUAAAUACAAAGAAAAUUACUAAAAUUGAUGAUUUUAAAGAAUCUGAAGAGAAACUUACCUUGACAGUACUGAAAUCAGAUUUUAAACAAAUGAAUAUAGUUGGACAAUUUAAUCUUGGAUUUAUAUUAGUAACAUGUCCACCUACAAAGAGUCAAGAAUAUUCAAAUUUAUUUAUAAUUGAUCAACAUGCUUCAGAUGAAAAAUUUAAUUUUGAAAGAUUACAAACACAAACCAUUUUACAAAGUCAACCAUUAGUGAUUCCAAAAGUAAUUGAAUUAAGUCCAAUGGAUGAAUUAAUAGUACUGGAUAAUCUUGAAAUAUUUAAGAAAAAUGGAUUUAAUAUUAAAUUAAAUGAAAAUGAAAGACCUGGUGAAAGAAUUACAUUAAUAUCAUUACCAUUACUGAAACGUACCAUUUUCGAUUUAAAAGAUUUCCAUGAACUUGUACAUUUAAUUAAAGAAAAUUCAAAUGGAGGGGUAAAUAAUUUGAUGGUUAGAUGUUCUAAAAUAAGAGCCAUGUUUGCCCUGCGUGCAUGCAGAACAAGCAUUAUGAUAGGUCAAUACCUUCCAAAAAGUACAAUGGAAAGAGUUGUACAUAAUCUUGGAGGCUUAGAUAAGCCUUGGAAUUGCCCACAUGGUAGACCUACAAUGAGACAUCUUAUGGAGAUGAAAGAUUGGAAAUCUUUUAAUAAAGAUUAUGAGAUAUAA